AACUUGAUACCCGGUGUUAAAAUUAAUAGAAAAGCAGUAAGUUGUAUAAAAUUGCCUUAUUGUGAUCGUAGUACUGCUUUAUGGCAAACGCGUUAUUUUAUUUGAAAUUUUAAAUGAAAACAAAUAAAUAGAUUUUCUACUUUAACUAACUCAUCUUGUUUUAACAUAAAUAUGAACAUUUACACUUUCUUGCUGCCGUUUUCGACAGUUUUUGUUCUUGUUGAUAGGGUGCAUUUACAGGUUAUAAAUGUAAAUGGGGAUUUAACAAUUGUUGGAUUAUUCCAAGUGCACAAACCAGAAGGGGAUUCAUGCGGAUUAGGCCUGAGCGCUUCCUCUGUGAUGACGUCAGAGGCGAUGAAAUGGUACAUUGAAGGAUUAAACCAAUAUGGCAACCUUCCUUUUAAAAUUGGCUUCGAAGGGCAUGAAACAUGUCGUCUGGUGAGCAAAGCGUCUGAGAUUUCCAUCAAACUGAUGAACAAGGCACUUACCAAUAAAACUAUCCUAGGAGUUAUUGGUCCUGAAUUCAGUUCUGAAGCAGAAGCUAUUUCACCCAUUCUAAGCUCAGUUUCAAAGGAGAGUCGUUUAGUACAGGUGGGAUUUUCAACUACCGCAGCACGGCUUGGGGAUGCUGAAAAAUAUCCGAACUUUGUGCGAGUUGUUCCGAAUGAUGACGUACAAGUUGAGGUGAUGAUCAAGACGAUGAAAUCUCUCGAAUGGAACAGAAUUGCCAUCAUCUAUGUCAACGAUACUUACGGUCGGGAUGCUAGCAACAGUCUCAUUUUGAGAGCAAACGAGGAGAGUAUUUGUACAUCUAUGACUAGCGCUAUCCCGGUAGAAACAAGUGGAGAUUUUUUCAACUCCUUGAUUAGCGACAUUACAAUAGGUACCAGAAAUAGAGCAACAAUAAAUGGAAUAGUUUACAUUGGUUCAAGUUCAUUUGCUCGUUCUAUAUUUAUUGCCUUAGAAAAUACGGGCUUUGCAUCUCAUCCUAUUGUCAUGUUGUCGGAAGGUAUCAACAUGGAGACAAGCGUGUUUCAGUAUAAUUCUGGGUCGACGCUUAAGUCGUCAAAAGGAUCUCUAGUUCUUGCGCCUAAUUAUCAGGAAAUCAUUGAGUUCAUGUCCCAUUGGCGAUCAAUAUUCACAAACAAAACGUAUUUUGAAAAGGAAGUUAUGACAAACCCAUGGCUUAUGGAUUUAUAUUAUGAAAUCACAGAGUGUGAGAGAAGAAACUGUGAGUUUACGCCACUGACAGAGAGUGAUUAUGCCCAAGCGUUUGAAGCACAAAUUUUAUACGUGCAGUAUGCCAUUAUUGCUGCUCAUACACUUGUUAAGGGGACAAGAGAACUCCAUGACAAAUACUGCCCGUCUUCGGUAUUCUGUGAUGCUUUUAAAACGAAUUUUCGUUCGGGCGAUCUUCUAAAUAUCCUAAAAAAUAUUAACAUAGACCUUGGAAAGGAUUUUCAAUGGAAAUUACCGUCAUUAUCAGACCGGAAGCUUCAACUAAACAGCACAGAAACUCUACACAAAGACCUUUCCUUAUACGAUGUUUUCAAUUUCCGGAAGAAUAAUGAACUUUCUACCGAAUUUGAGCUGAUAAAGGUCAGUGAUCAUUUAGAUAACGACAUAACCAUAAACAAAGAGAUGCUUAGAGACUACACGAUCAGUGACGAGGAGCUAGUAUGGCCAAAUAUACGAAAGGCACAGUGCAUGGUUCGUACAAAGUGUGAAGAGUGCAUCAAUAUUGAAGAGCUACGCGAAAGUAUCAUAUUUGAGCCAGGUGAUAUAUAUGUUGUGGGUGUGAUUGCAGUGUUUGAUAGUGACAGCACCUCUGGAGAUGGUUGUGGACAAAUUCGUAUCGUCAGUGGAUACCAAACUGCUGAAUCAAUAAGAUUUGCUGUGAAGAAAGUCAAUACGAAAACCGGCGAUUUUUCUGGCUUCUUUCCCGAUUUAAAGAUUGGUCUAAUUGUUUUGAAUUCGUGUAACGAUCCAGUCAUUAUUCAAAGGAAGAUUUUUAAACUUAUUCAUAAUGGUGUACAAAUGGCGGACGGAUCUGUAUUAGAUCUAAGUGACAGAAUAUUAGGAUUUAUUGGAGACAUAGGAAGCAGUAUUAGCAUUGCUGUGGCAGAAUUGCUCUCAAGAUUACGUUUUGUACAGUUAAGUUUUGCUUCUACAAGUCCCUUUCUCAGUGACAGAUCUAAAUAUCCAUAUUUUAUGAGAGUUGUUACUCCAGAUGAUGCCCAAGCAAGAGCUAUAAUUGAAAUUAUUCAAAAGCUUGAGUCUAACUAUGUUCAGAUUGUUUAUAGCACUGGCGCAUACGGUGAAGCAGGGAAGGAUAAAAUUAAAGAGGAGGCGUUUAAAAGCAAAAUUUGUGUAGUUCAGGAAAUUGCUGUUGACGAAACUGAUAGUGGAUUUGGAAUAUUUGAAAAGUUGCGGUUGUACACUCACGCACGUAUUGUCAUUAUAUUUCUGCGGUCCCAUCGUGUAAUUCCUGUGCUGUCAGCCUUGACUGCUCAGAUUAAUACAAGAGGAGAAUUCAUGUUUAUUGGUUCUGAAGCAUGGGCCCGGAAACGGGAUCCUUUGAAAACGGACAGUAAACAAAAUCUUCUAGGUUCUUUUACGCUUUCUCUUGAAAUGUAUGAGGACAAUGAGUUGCGCACGCAUAUUUAUAAUCUCACUCCAAAGCCAUUUAAUCAGAAUCCCUGGUCAACAUUGUAUCUACAAGAGAAAAGAAAUUGCUACUUUGAUCUAAGUUUUGACAAGACAAAGAAUAAGAUGUGUUCUUUAAAAGAUGACAACAACUUUGGUAGCGACUUUACGUUGGAUUCUUGGGCUACUGCCGCCUAUGUUGCAACGAAGUCUCUUCUAAUUGGCGGCAAUAAUUUUCUCAGAUACAAGUGUGGCAAAAGCACGAAUGUUCUUUGCGGGGAAUUCACCGAAGAUACAAAGGGUUUUGUUGAAGCAAUUAAGGGUACGAAGCUUGAUCUGGAUGGAUCAGGAAACAAGAUAAAAGUUUUCAGUGACAACGGCAAUGGUAAUAUUGGUUACAGAAUUUACAACAUUCAAAAAGACGAUGACCCACAAAUUUUGAUUUACACUGAGGUCGGGCGUUAUCCAUUGGAAGGGACGUUUACGUUUGAGAAAGAUCUGAUUGUGAAUCCAAGUGGUAACCAGAUUGAAUCAACAUGUCCAAGCGAGCCGGCGUGCAGUGGAUGCUUCAAGUCUGACAAAAGUCCAAUUAAACACACAGGAAAAAAAGAGUCGUUGAAUGUUGGAAUGAUAGUUCUUGGUGUGUUUCUUGCAAUCGCAUUAAUAGCUGUUGUCGUAUUGGUGAUACGUUUGGUGAAACUGAGGGAAACACGAAAACGAGCCAGUGAAAUAUACCUAACGCCAACGAGCCCAAACGGUGAACACAAUUUGAAGAGAGAAGAAGCAAUCGGAAGUGAAGAGUUUGCCACCAUUCCGGUCUGCUCCCCGAAUUCUUCAAGGACAGCACCACCAGAUAUCCAAACAACUGAUACAUAAUAUUUUACUACUGUGUACUUUUUGUACAAAUUUUAUGAUGUUAGAACUAAAUAUUUGAUACUGUUUCGAGGGCCGGGUGUAGUAGUGUUAUCAGAAUGGUGUAGGGUAGGGAAUUACAUUCUAUGAAUGUUUUCGCACUUGGUGAUGCUAUAACAUUUUAUUUGUUAUUCGGCUUUGAUAGUGUAAAACUGCAGUAUUUGAUAAGUGGUAAUAAUUAUGAAACACAAUAAAUUAUUAUCUAACAUAUUUGAAAUCAGUAUGUAUCUAUUUAAUAUUCAAUUUACAUGUUAUAGCGCAGAUAUACAGUGUUGAUAGAAUAUCGGUGUACGACAUAACGUCGAAAAAUAUUUUAAAGAAUACGACAAUUAAAAGAAUGGACAAAUGGUAGAAUACAAUAAUUUACAGAAUAUACAUUUGAUAGAAAAGAAUAUCA